CGCACACACACUCACACACUCUGGCAGUAAUAUAAAAAAAAAUUUGCCUAAGUAAAUAUGUUUAAAUACAAUAAAAACAGAGAGUUAGCAUAGCUGAGAGAAACCAAGCAAUGUUAACAAUAUAAACCAAAAAAAAAAAAGGAAAAGAAAAAAAUUAAGAGAAACGAACAUAACCCAAGCGCCAGCUGUUAGAAAUUUUUAGUUGAGUGUAGAAAAUUGAAAUCAGAGAGUGAAUUGCUGCUCUCUGUUGGACUGGCUGCUGGUCAGGCUGACCGCACAGAGUUCCUGAGACUGCAAGACAAAGGCGAGGAAAUGCAAAGCAAUCAACGUCAUAAACAGCAGGAGCAGCAAGAACAGCAGCAAACCCAGGAGCUGGUAUUGCAGCAGGAGCAAAAGCAAACCGAAUCCCAAACACGCAUUCAUUGCCGUGGUAUAAAAGAACAACAACAACAGAAAUAAGAGCAACACUAAGCACAACAAGCAGCUGCAACUUUAACCGGAACAGCUGAAAGCCAGGCAAGUGCAAAAAGUAGCAGCAACUGUUAAAGAAAGCAAACGAAAUUUUGUAGGCGCCUGUCGACAGCAGCUCAAGAAACCAAUUUACAUAUUUAAGCUUGUAACGUCCGGCAGCCAGAAGCGGACACACAGCUGUCAGUCGAAACACUCAAACAGUCGAGCAGUCGGGCAGUCAGUCAUUUGAAUCAAUAAGGCAAUUCCAAUAGACGGCUCCAAUAGAGUGCACCGAAGCUGCAGCUGGAUCCGGACAUUGGUUGAUUGAAAUCGAAAAGCAGUUAGCAGUUCACACCUCAGCUGGCCGCACGCAGCUAGAAAUAUGCGGCUGCCAUAUCGCAAUAAGAAGGUCACCCUUUGGGUGCUCUUUGGCAUAAUUGUCAUCACAAUGUUCCUAUUCAAAUUUACCGAGCUGCGCCCGACCUGUCUAUUCAAGGUGGAAUCCACAAACGAUGGACCCUCCCAAAUGUUCCGUUUGGAGAAACACGUCACAGAUAACAAUAAUCGCGUCUAUGCAUACUACCGUGGGAUGCCAUUAAUAUUCAUAGGUGGUGUGCCCAGAUCUGGUACGACACUAAUGCGCGCCAUGUUGGAUGCUCAUCCCGAUGUGCGCUGCGGGCAGGAGACGCGCGUCAUUCCGCGCAUUUUGCAGCUGCGCUCGCACUGGCUAAAGUCCGAAAAGGAGUCGCUGCGCCUGCAGGAGGCAGGCAUCACCAAGGAGGUCAUGAACAGCGCCAUAGCCCAGUUCUGCUUGGAAAUCAUUGCGCAACACGGCGAACCGGCGCCGCGCUUAUGUAACAAGGAUCCGCUGACUCUCAAAAUGGGCUCCUAUGUAAUCGAGCUAUUUCCCAAUGCGAAGUUUCUAUUCAUGGUGCGGGACGGACGGGCGACAGUUCAUUCAAUUAUAUCGCGCAAGGUGACAAUCACCGGCUUCGAUUUGGCCAGCUACCGGCAAUGCAUGGAGAAGUGGAACCACGCCAUCGAACUGAUGCACGAACAGUGCCGCGACAUUGGCAAGGAUCGAUGCAUGAUGGUUUACUAUGAGCAGCUGGUGCUACAUCCGGAGGAGUGGAUGCGGAAUAUCUUAAAGUUCUUGGAUGUGCCAUGGAACGAGGCGGUGCUGCAUCAUGAGCAGUUUAUCAAUAAGCCCAACGGUGUGCCGCUGUCCAAAGUGGAGCGGUCAUCGGACCAGGUCAUCAAGCCGGUCAAUCUUGAGGCGCUGUCCAAGUGGGUGGGCCAUAUACCCGGCGAUGUGGUGCGCGACAUGGCUGACAUUGCGCCCAUGCUCUCCGUGCUCGGUUACGAUCCGUAUGCGAAUCCGCCAGACUACGGUAAGCCAGAUGCAUGGGUGCAGGACAAUACAUCUAAGCUAAAAGCCAACCGAAUGUUAUGGGAAAGUAAAGCGAAGCAAGUGAUUAUGAUGGAACCCAAAUCAGAUGAUAACAACAUCAACAGCAACAACAACAACAACAAUAUAAACAAUAAUAAUAAUAAUGAGGAUAAUACCAUUGAGAACAACAAUAGCCACAGUAAUGUCAACAACAAUAACAUGUUUAAUAUUAAUAAAAUAAUACCAGAGCAACAACAGCAGCAGCAGCAACAGCAGCAGCAUCAUCAGCAGGCUGACCAGGAGCAGGAGCAGGAAGAGUCACAGCUGCUGCAGCACCGGCAUCAACAACAAAAACAAAAGCCAAAGGAUGUCAUCACGAUAAAGCAGCUGCCGUCAAACUACAACAACAACAACAACAACAAUGGCAAGCAAUAUGUCGGUGCACUGGAAGACACAUGAUAUCCGCAUAUACCCAUAAGGUUACCGCGCGGCAAACAUUGAGACGACACACGGCAAAAUGACAGCAGCAACAACAACAGACAACCAUCAAAUGUUAGCAAACCAAUUUCAAAUUGUAUUGUCAAGAGUGUAAGCACAUGUAUGUGCAUCAUUUCCAUAUAAAUACGUAGAUGUAUGUAUGUUUAUAUAUAUAGUUAUAUAUACACGCAUAUGCAUUUGUUAUAUAUGUGCUAUAUAUAUAUAUUUGCUUUCAACUGUUGUGUGAGUUGUCAGAAGAAACUAUUAAAAAAAAAAAAAAAAGAAACUUUAAAGACACAAUUGCCGCAUACAAUACACAAUAUACACUUAAAUUUAUACAUAUACAUAUAUUAUUGAUGUACACAUAAGUUAAAGAUGAUUAGCAUAUACCACCAAAAAACAACAUAAUAAUUAAUAAAAAAUAAAAAUUGUUGCAGGGCGCUCACUGCUAAGCUCCUCUUAA